UUAAGUGCUUAGAAUAAGAACAGACAACGAAAAACGAAAAAUUAAAAUGCUGCAAGGCAUCAGAAUCUCAAGCAACUAUGAACGAAUCUUAUGAGAAGAGCAGCACCAGCACAGCGUGCUCUACACCCACAGCUGGGGCUUUGCCCGAACGCCACCACGAUGUUAGCGACACAUUUUACACCAGCCAGCGAAAGGGGAGGAAGUACGUGUUUCGGGUACGGCUGGACAUCAACGGCUUUACACUGCAGCGAGAAUCGCCCAGCGGCACUAUACUCAAGGAGCAGACUGUGAAAAUAUGCAACAUUGUUGGGGCGCGUUGCAUGCGUCUAAAGAAGACCCGCCGCCUGGCCGUAGCCAGUGCGUGCGCCUGCAGCAACGGCAAUCCCAACUCCCCCGCAGCCUCGGUCAAUCGCAGUGCGGCCACGCCCAGCAAAUGCAGUACGGCCAGCAAGGAGAAUUAUCCCUGCGACGACGGCGAUGUGAGCGCCUACCUUUAUGUGUUUGCCUAUGUCCUGAAGAAGAAGAGCCUGCGAAGUGAGUUCCACAGGGAGCGCACUGUUCUCACACUGCGCUUCCGGUCCUUUGACACCUUUGAGGACAAUAUGCGCGAGGCGGAUCGCUGGUACCGCGCUCUGCGCUGGCAGCUCCACCGCACGUUGGAGAGCAUCUUCGUGGUGCGGAACGAGGAAGAUCGGCGACGUCGUGUUUUGGUCAUGCUCAAUCCAAAGUCUGGCUCUGGAAAUGCCCGUGAAGUUUUUAAUAUGCAUGUCACGCCGGUUCUGAACGAGGCCGAGGUGCCGUACGAUCUGUACGUAACGAAGCAUUCCAAUUUUGCCAUUGAAUUUAUGAGCACCCGCUGUCUGGACGCCUGGUGCUGCGUUGUUGCCGUGGGCGGCGAUGGAUUGUUCCACGAGAUAGUCAACGGACUGCUGCAACGCGAGGACUGGGCAAAGGUGCUGCCCAACAUAGCGCUCGGCAUUAUUCCGUGCGGUUCCGGCAACGGCUUGGCCAGGUCUAUUGCCCAUGGAUACAACGAACCAUACUUUAGCAAGCCAGUGCUGGGGGCCGCCUUGACCGUCAUCAGCGGCUGCAGCUCUCCGAUGGAUGUGGUCCGAGUGCAGCUCCAGAGUCGUUCCCUGUACUCCUUCUUAUCGAUUGGCUGGGGCUUCAUUUCGGACGUGGACAUUGAGAGCGAGCGCAUUCGUGUGCUUGGCUAUCAACGCUUCACCAUCUGGACCCUGUACCGCCUGGCGAAUCUUCGCACCUACAACGGCAAGAUCAGUUACCUGCUCACCGAGCAGCAGCAGCCGUCGGAACAGGAGGAGGAUACCUCACACACUCCGCAGCUGAAGAUGCAGACCAGUAGAAGCUGCAACACCCAUAUCGACAAACUGUCCAACACAACCAACAACAACCCGAGCUUCCAUCAUUCCACCGAGUACCUGCCGCAUGAAUUUGCGGAUGUUAUCUCGCUGGAGACGUCUAUCAAUCAAUCGUUUCGCUCCCGCUGUGACAGCUGGCUUUCGGGCGGGUCCCGGCGCAGCUAUUACUAUUCCAUAUCGGAGAGCAUCUAUCAUAGUUUGGCGGACGAGAGCGACAUUGCCGUUCAGGCGGCAAUUGCUCUGGAGAAUCGCCAGCAGAACUUUGGGCCGACGAGCAGCCUGCCGGAGCUGGACGAGCCGCUACCGGAGGACGAAGGAUGGCUUGUCGAGGAGGGGGAGUUCAUCAUGAUGCACGCCGUCUAUCAGACACAUCUGGGCAUCGAUUGUUAUUUUGCGCCCAAGGCCCAAAUGAACGACGGCACCAUUUAUCUGAUUCUCAUACGCGGCGGCAUCAGUCGCCCCCACCUCCUCAGCUUCCUGUACAACAUGAGCACGGGCACGCACCUGCCCGAGGUGAACAACGAGUAUGUGAAGGUGUUGCCGGUGCGGGCCUUCCGCCUGGAGCCACACGACAAUCAUGGCAUCAUCACAAUCGAUGGCGAACGCGUCGAAUUUGGGCCGCUGCAGGCCGAGGUUCUGCCGGGCAUAGCGCGUGUGAUGGUGCCCAAGUGAAGAACGACAGGAUGAAUUUCAGUCACAGGAGCAAUAUAAUCUCUUUAUAGGAAUCUCUGCAUUUGUAUAUGUAGCAAAUAUUUGUUAUUGGUACUUAGGGCUGGACGGACGAAACGAAACGAAAGCCAGUGAAAGAAAGUUGUGCAUUCUUUUUUCCAUUUUGUAGUUGGCAUGCUUCUACAAAAUACCUAUAUUGUUAACAUUUUUCAACAUUAUGGCAGUUAUUAACAAAAAUUACAAGCAUGUAUAUACAAUUUAAAAAAUAA